AUGGCGACAAUAGCGUUUGAAGGUAGCUCAAAAGAUGAUAUUGAGCUUGCGAAGCAAUUUUGGAAAGCAAUCGAUCCAAUAUCCAAUGUUCAAUCGUCAUUAGAGCAUUUGAAUAUUUCACAGAAAUUAGAAGCAGCUCCAGAGUCAAAAUUAAAUAUUACUUAUGCACACAAUCCUCCUCAAGAAGAUAAACUUACCAACGAGCACUUAGAACGAGGAAGGAAGAAAGAAGCAGAGGAAGAGCUUAAAGCUCGUAAAGAGGUAUUGAAAAGGCGCAAAAAAGCACUAGAUAGACUACAUAGGAAGAUCGAGGAAAGGCAGCAGUUAGAGAAACAAUCCCUUCAAAGCGUAAUCGACGUAAACAGUUCCCCUAUGAAUAACGACGAUUUGAUCAAAGAAUCUGAUUUAAACGAAAUUAACGAAACCAUGAACGCUCUUCGUCAUUUUGAAGAAGAUCAUAAUUUAAUUGAUGAAUUUAAUGGAGAUCUCAGUGAUUAUUAG